CCUUGUCGGUCAACGUCAACAUUUGCCAGUUGCCCUCCUGCCCCGAUGAAUUCAGACAUACGCUACCAAAGUGAAUUGCAUUCUUUUAUUAUUGCUUUGCUUGUUCAUUCUGCAAUAGUUCCUUCCGAUUACAGAACGGAAAGAAAAAAGAAUGGUGAAAAAUGGGCAGAUAUAGUAUGUUGUGUGCAAAUUCAGAAUGAAUGGCUUUGAAUCUGUGUUGUCUGGAAGAGUAAAGGGAAUGAGAAAAAUGGUACACAAACAUGGGAAAUCAACUGCUUUUAGUUGCAAUGCAAGAAGCAAGUGUUCCUUGUCUGCUAUAAUCUGGAGUUUGGCGGCAUGGAUACUAUUGGUUCAUGCUUACAAUACUUUAACUCCAUCGAAUUUUAAUAGAGAAAAAUCUCCAAUGCAAGGAAACCAUAACCAUCUUUCCAUAUAUAGAGAGUAUGAAGAGAUAGAGGACAGGGGUUUUGAAGUCAGACAGAGGGGCAAAAAAUUUGUCUCCCCAUCAGGAAAGCAACGAGGGAGAAGAUACACCCCAAUAGAUGAUUUUCUUGAUGUUACAUCUCAAAGGAGGUCCCUUUACUUCCCAGAGAAAAGUCUUGCUGUGAAUCCUUUGAAAACCGAUAAGGACAUGCACUACUUUUAUCCUGGCAGAGAAUGGUGUGACACAGAAGGUAGGCCCAUACAGGCACAUGGAGGAGGCAUUCUCUUUGUUGAAGAAACUCAGACAUUCUAUUGGUAUGGAGAGAAUAAGGAUGGCCGAACCUACCAUAUUCACAGAAAAAGCACUGCUCGCGUGGAUAUUAUAGGUGUUAGUUGCUACUCAUCAAAGAAUCUGUGGGCAUGGAAGAAUGAGGGCAUAGUUCUACCAGGCGAGAGAGAUAAUAAGACACAUGACCUGUAUGUCAGCAAUGUGCUUGAGAGACCAAAGGUGAUUUAUAAUGAUCGCACUAAACAGUAUGUAAUGUGGAUGCACAUUGACAUUGCUAACUAUUCCAAAGCUUCUGUUGGUGUGGCAGUCAGUUCUUCUCCUACAGGUCCGUUCCAUUAUCUUGGCAGCAAAAGGCCACAUGGUUUUGAUAGUAGAGAUAUGACAGUAUUCAAAGAUGAUAAUGGUGAAGCAUAUAUAGUUUACUCAUCAGAAGACAACAGUGAAUUGCAUAUUGGGCAAUUGACGGAAGACUACUUGGAUGUCACUAGAAUCAUGCGGAGGAAUUUAGUUGGAGAGCAUAGAGAAGCUCCUGCGGUUUUUAAGCAUAGGGGAUUAUAUUAUAUGAUAACUUCUGGCUGUACUGGCUGGGCCCCAAAUGCAGCUUUGGCUCAUUCUGCAGAGUCCAUGCUAGGACAAUGGGAAACUUUGGGAAAUCCAUGCAUGGGUGGCAAUGAAGAUUUCAGAGUUACAACAUUUUUUGCGCAAGGUACAUUUGUUGUACCUCUGCCUGGAGUGCCUGAUACUUUCAUAUUCAUGGCAGAUCGGUGGAACCCAGCUGAUCUAAGAGAUUCUCGUUAUGUCUGGUUGCCUCUCACAAUGGAUGGGCCAGCAGAUGAGCCACUAGAAGAUGAUUUUGAGUUUCCUCUUUGGUCAAGAGUGUCUAUUUAUUGGCAUAAAAAAUGGAGGCUUCCAGAAGAAUGGAGAUUGCCGCUUGCUCAAUCAAAGCAGUGAGUCAGAGAGAGAAUGUAUUCUAAUAACAAUAAUUGAAUCUUUGUAUCCAUAGGCUUAAUGCAAUGCCUAGUAUGUUCAUAUUCGACAAAUUCCACUUCCAUCGGUAGUCAUAAGUAAUAGCAUUUUUUUUUGGGAAAGUAGUUAGGAAUCGUAGAGAAAAGUUCAGUUUCACGCUUUGCAUUCAAAGUAUUAAGUCAGAAAAAUCUGUAUUCUAAUAACAAUAUUUGAAUCUUUGUAGUCAUAGGCUACUAUGCUCAUAUUCUACAAAUUUCGCUUCCAAUAGUA